UAAAUAGGGGAGCUCUUCUAGUACAGUUAUAUACUGUGAGAUUAUAUGGAAUUGCAGAGAAAUUGUGAGAUUCCGAGGCCAAAAAUCUAGGGUUUUUAUUUGUGAUUGGCUUUUUCUCUCGGCAAAACUAAGAGUUGGUGUCUAUCUAAGGAUAUUUGAGGCAUGCAGUCGAAGUCUGAAACUGAAAAUAGACUUCAUGCUGAUCAUCAUACCAUCCCACCAAACAGUGUUUAUUCAGAACCGUGGUGGCGGGGUGUUGGCUAUAACCCCAUCUCCCCAGCCGUUACAGGGAGGAAUGCAUCCAACUCAUCUUCGUUAGAAUGCCCAAAUGGUGGUUCAGAGUCCAAUGACGAUCGAUCAUUGUCCAAUGAUGAGCCAAAUGAAGAUGAUGAUGAUGAUGCCACCAAAGAGUCACAGAUUACGUCUCCAAGAUCAGCUGGCAAUGAUGGGCAAGAGCGCCAAAAUGUGCCGCAUGUUGGAUCUACUGUACCUACAGUUCGUGAUGAUUGCCUUGCGCAACCGCCACAGCUUGAGCUUGUUGGUCACUCUAUUGCUUGUGCUUCAAAUCCUUAUCAGGAUCCUUAUUAUGCGGGAAUGAUGGCAUCUUAUGGACAUCAGCCUUUGGGCUAUCCUCCUUUUCUUGGAAUGCCACAUGCUAGAAUGCCAUUGCCUCUUGAGAUGGCACAGGAGCCUGUGUAUGUGAAUGCAAAACAAUACCAAGGGAUUCUAAGGCGAAGACAGGCACGUGCAAAAGCAGAACUUGAAAGGAAGCUAAUUAAAGUCAGGAAGCCAUAUCUUCAUGAAUCACGACAUCAACAUGCUAUGAGAAGGGCGAGAGGUACUGGAGGACGUUUUGCAAAGAAAACUAAUGGUGAUAAAUCAAACAGCACUGGCCAAGAAAAGGGCACAGGCUCUGGUCCAGCCCACUCGUCACAAUCUGGCAGUUCAUCAGGUUCAGAACCCUUUCCCUCAGAUUCUGCUGAAACAUGGAAUUCCUCCAAUAGUCAGCAAGAAGGAAGAGGAUCCCAAGUGCAUGACCCGUACUCAGCUCACAAUUAUGCAAAUGGCAGUGGCUGCUUCCAGACUCAUGGUGGCUUGCAGGCUUCGAUGUAUCCUUCAUACUCGGGCAAGAGAGGGGAAGAAGGAGAUUGUACAGGCCAGCAACGGGGAAGCAUCUCUUCGAAUCAGGCCUCACAGAGGCGUCUUGCCAUCCAGUGACUGGGAGGUGGAUGCCAAGGUGGAGGAUUGGACCCUUAUAACAGAAAAAGGGUCGGUCCCCUGGUUAUAUCUUUGGCAAUGUGUUUGCCAGGCGGCAAUUCAUUCUUGGCUUUGUUCUUGUGCUUGUGGCAUAGAUGAAUGGCAGGAGAGUGAUAUGAAUGGGCCAUUUGGAUUCUGUGAAGUCCUUUGAUGCCUGAGUUCAUUACAUCCUUCCUAUUUUUGCCUGAUGUACAGAGUAGUUUUCAGUAAUUUGAAGUACAUAUGGAAAACUGAAAUUUAAACGAAUAGUACUCUAGUUUAAUGUAUAAACCAUCGUGUGUAUUAUGUUUGUCACCUUGAAUUUGAGCUGUGUGGUUGGCGACAUAUUGUGGUUUCUUUUGUUUUCA